CCCUUCCUGGUGUGACUAUGUGUUGCAGAAAGCUUGGAAGAGGAGGAUAUAAAUUUACGAGUGGAUUGGCGUUCCUUUCCUGGAGGCAAAGAGACUGAAGGAAGUCCGUCAAGCAAUCCUUGGCAUGGACUGUUCACAGCACUUGAGCACCGUCAUCCGAGGCCAUGUCAACGUAUUCCCUUUACAUCCUCAUCUUCUUCAUCGCCAACGGCACCAUUUUCGCUGCUGCUGUUCCGAUUCUUAAGAAACACCAUCCUUUGCUCACGUCACCACUGUUCAAUACUCCCUUGUCCCCAUGUCCUGUUAACUCGGGUAGCAUAUUCCGCCGAGCCGAUUGCACCGGUUUCUUCUUCGCAGACCCGAAUUGGUGCAUCCCACCACCCCCAGCUUCCCCCGCGCCUCCAAUGCGUGGCGCAGAGGACAUCCACAGUCGCUCAAACAAUGAAGCACCUGUCGACAGCUCACCAGACGAUCCUGUGAGCACCGCCACAGUCACCGCGCAAGGCGAGCCCGCUUCUGUAACACUGGCAUCAACUCCUACUCCCCCUUCCCCCUCCAGCAGCGAAGAUCUGUCGGCAACGACGGUUUUUGUCCCAGCAGAAAGCUCCCUCACGCCCUCUACAGUCGCAGCCCCUUUCACCACUACUGUCACAAUGACGCUGCAAGUCACGACGCUCACUCUAGAGCCCAGCACCGUCACCGUGACGGCUCUCCUCUCGGGAGGGUCCCCUUCGAGCAAGACGGGUGGCGUGGGCGUCCAGUCGAUCACGAUUCUCGAAACGGUGCCGUUCACCACGACCGACCUGCCCGCCGUGACGGUCACUGGGCUGCAGACGCUUACGAGUGUCGUGGUUGUUCCUAUGGAGGAGACCGCGACAGUAAACAAGUCGUGGGCGGCGGCAACUCCUCUGCUUCCUGUUAGGAUCGAGGCGGCCAAGACAGUCGUUUCCGGCCGGGAGUGAUGUGUUUGAGAAUACAGCAAAGGUGCAUUCGGUGGAGUUUGAUGGUACACAGGUCAAGGACUUCGUAUGGCGUUUGGGGGUGUUUUUGUCGUCAGGGGUUGGAAAGCAGGGGCUGGCACAACCCCUUAUCUUCAGCUCCUCAUGCCACUCCACAAAUACUGCCGUUUACUCCUCGCAACAACUGUUUCCCUUAAACUGCAACGCAAUAAAUGUACAACGCUGAGGGAAAUAUUGGGCGGCGAGGAAUUGAGUUUUUUUGCUGAGCGCUAGGGGUAUCCAUUCGUUCGCUGGAAUCGCGACAAAUGGAUAUGUGUACGAGCAUACGUACUCGACCAUGU